CCCUCGACGUGACGUACUGUUGUCGAGGCUAGUUAUAUCUUCACAUUAUCAAACUGCGUCACUCUCAUUGACUGACAGCAUGGCGACUACCGUGGCUAACAAGUGUCUCAGUCCCUUGGCUUUCAUCACCAGGAGGCUUUCUGCUCCAGAGUUUAUCACCCAAUGCUGCUACCACAAGAAGGUGGUGGAUCAUUAUGAAAACCCGAGAAAUGUUGGCACGUUGGACAAAAGCUCCAAGAAUGUUGGGACUGGUUUGGUGGGCGCUCCGGCCUGUGGCGACGUGAUGAAGCUCCAGAUUGAGGUGGAUGACAUGGGGAAGAUUGUGGAUGCCAGGUUCAAAACAUUUGGCUGCGGCUCUGCUAUUGCCUCCAGCUCUUUGGCCACUGAGUGGGUGAAGGGCAAAUCUGUGGCCGAAGCUCUGGAAAUAAAGAACACUGACAUUGCCAAAGAGCUCUGUCUUCCACCAGUUAAACUUCACUGCUCCAUGCUGGCAGAGGAUGCCAUCAAGGCGGCUCUGGCUGACUAUCGCCUCAAGCAACAAGAUGACCAGCAGGAGGCAGUCAGAGCCAGCAGUUAAAUGGCGUACUCUCACUCUGAGCCGGACGUGCUGUCCUUCCGUCGAGAGGAGAAAUAAACAGCAGUCCAAAAAUCCUCACUUUCUUGCAGUUUUGAUGAGGCACACCUAAUGUGUUGAUUACCAGCACACCAUUGUAUAAUCGUCAUCCCGCCGUAGCAGUGUCACACCAGACCUUCUAUAGUGGUCUGUUGUCCUUUAACCCUGCAUACUGUGUCUUGUUAGCCUGUCACGUAAACGCACAAUGGGAACUGUUUUGGCUGCUGGCACAAAGAUGAGCCUUAUUUUUGAGAUUGUUAUAUUUUAAGAUGAUGUGCUUAGGGAGGGUUUAGUUUGGCAGGUGUGAUGGAGACCACUGUUGAGGCUCAAGUCUGCGCCCUAAGCACUAACCUAUGGCUUGAAACAAUGAAAGGAUCCAUUUGUUUUAAGUGUAAUUUUUGGAUUAUUUAGUAAUGCUUGACCUUAUGCAAUAAAGGUAUCCUGAAACCAAAA